AUGGCCGAACCCCAACAGGACAUGAGGGAGAAGCCGGCAGUCAGAAUUCAGAGUCCCAGAGAAAAUGACUUCAUUGAAGUUGAACUGAACAGAGGAGAGCUGAGUUAUCAGAAUCUACUAAAAGUCAGUUGCUGUGAACUGGGGAUUGAACCAGAGCGAGUGAAGAUGAUCAGAAAGCUACCAAACACACUGCUCAGAAAGGACAAAGACAUUCUAAGACUACGGGACUUUCAGGAAAUAGAACUCAUCCUAAUGAAAAACGGAAGCUCUGAAUUGGUAGAAUACACACCAUCCCUGACAGAGAAGCCCUGCUACAACAGCAAUGCUGCUAAACUGACCUAUUAG